UCAGGCAAAAGCACUGAAAUGUCAUUGGGCUCUCCGUAGUCUAGUCGUCGCUGAAUUGGAAAUACUGGCAAUGCCUUGUUUGACCCGACGAAUGAAAAACCCUUCUCUUCUCUGCCUUCUAGUUCUCAUUUUCACACCCGUAUUUACUUUUUAAUUCAACAUUACCUCUUUUUCUUCUCUAUUUUGGUUGGUUUCUCUCUUUAGUUAUUAUCUUUGAAUUAUUCAAACCAUAUCAUAGUCUUUGAAGGGCUUCUUUCUUUGUGGAAACUGCUGUGGGAUUAACUCGUUUCAGGUUUUCUUCGAUCUCUUCAGUUUGGGUUCUUGAAAUCUCAGGUUUUGUUGUUAUGAAGCUGGGCCGUUUUAAAAACAGUUAUUUUCGAGCUCUAGUGUGCAACAGAUAACAAUUUGAGGGGUUCUUUUAGCAAAAUUAUAUGGCUUUCUUCGUGAAAAUGAUGUUGGGUAGACAUGUUCUUAAGAUUUUAGUUGGCAACUGUCUUUGGUUGUUGCUUAGCUGUAGUUUGAGCUAUGGUACCGAGACUGAUAUUGCUUGCUUGAAGAGUAUAAAAGCCUCACUUGAAGACCCUUUUAAUUACUUGAAGUCUUCAUGGGACUUCAACAACCAUACCGAAGGAUACAUUUGUAAAUUUUCGGGGGUUGACUGUUGGCACCCUGAUGAGAACAGGGUCUUAAAUCUCCGGCUUUCAGAUAUGGGGCUCAAGGGUCGAUUCCCUACUGGACUCAUGAAUUGCACGAGCAUAACUGGUGUUGAUCUUUCAAACAACGACCUCUCUGGACCUAUUCCAGAUAACAUUUCUCACAUCAUUGGGUUUGUAACAUCUCUUGAUCUCUCGUCCAACAAUUUCUCAGGGGAAAUUCCACAGGAACUUGGAAAUUGUAGCUAUUUGAAUGUUAUUAGACUUGAUCACAACCAGUUGACAGGUCAAAUACCUUUACAACUUGGUUUGUUGGAUCGGCUUAAAACAUUUAGUGUAACUAAUAAUCUUCUCAGUGGACCCGUUCCAAAUUUCCUCCACUACAACGUUACAGCCGAAAAUUAUGCAAAUAAUCUAGGGCUGUGUGGGAAGCCUUUGGAAGCCUGCACUGGAACUUCAAAGGGCCCUUCCACUGGAGUUAUUGUUGGGGCAGCAAUUGGUGGGGUGACUGUUGCUGCAAUAGCUGUGGGUAUUGGUUCAGUCUUCUACUACCUAAAGGUGUCUAAGAUGAAGAAAAAGAAGGAUGAAGACCCUGAAGGAAAUAAAUGGGCAAAGAGUUUAAAAGGAAUAAAGGGCAUUAAGGUUUCUAUGUUUGAGAAAUCAAUUUCUAAAAUGAAAUUGAGUGAUCUUAUGAAGGCUACUAACAGCUUCAACAAAGACAAUAUCAUUGGGUCAGGAAGAACAGGGACUAUGUACAAAGCAGUGCUUGAGGAUGGCACUUUUCUAAUGGUGAAGAGAUUGCAGGAUUCACAGCACUCUGCAAAAGAAUUUGUAUCUGAAAUGUCUACUCUGGGGAGUGUGAAACAUCCUAAUUUGGUUCCCCUUUUGGGUUUCUGCAUGGCUAAUAAGGAAAGGCUUUUAGUUUAUAGGUAUAUGCCAAAUGGUACCCUGCAUGAUAAUCUACAUACCGUAGAUGAAGGUAAGAAGCCUAUGGAGUGGCCUCUAAGGCUCAAAAUUGGUAUAAGAGCAGCUCGGGGAUUUGCAUGGCUCCAUCAUAACUGUAAUCCCCGUAUCAUCCACCGAAAUAUAAGCUCUAAAUGCAUCUUGUUGGAUGCAGAUUUUGAGCCUAAAAUAUCUGAUUUUGGUCUUGCCAGGCUAAUGAAUCCAGUUGAUACGCAUUUGAGUACCUUUGUGAAUGGAGAAUUUGGCGAUUUGGGUUAUGUUGCUCCAGAGUAUACAAAAACUCUGGUGGCUACACCAAAGGGUGAUGUUUACAGCUUUGGAACUGUGCUUUUGGAGCUGGUGACUGGUGAGAGACCUACACAUGUGGCUAAAGCUCCUGAAAGUUUUAAGGGCAGUUUGGUUGAAUGGAUUAUGCAGCUGUCAGGCAACUCUCAACUUCAAGAUGCCCUAGACAGAUCUUUGAUUGGGAAGGGUGUUGAUAAUGAGAUUUUCCAGUUCCUUAAAAUUGCAUGUACUUGUGUAGUGCCAAAUCCCAAGGAGAGGCCAACUAUGUUUGAAGUAUACCAGCUUCUAAGGGCUAUUGGGGAGAAAUACAAUUUUACCACUGAGGAUGAGAUUAUGAUGCCUUCAGACAAUGGUGAUACUGAUUUUAUGGAGGAACUUAUUGUUGCUCAAGAAGUAAGAGGGGGUAAUUAAAAAGUGUGAGUUGGAAAACCACCAAAUACAAAAAACAGCAUGGAUGUCAAACAGGUUCUUAGCAGUAGACUUGUGCUGUGGGAAUGUUAUUUUUCUGCAACUCUUCCGUCAAUCUGAAAUGUGUCUCGAAAGUUACUUACAAUUUCAUUUAGAAUCUUAUGAAAUCUCUGUAUACACAUGGGUUUAUUGUUCUUAUAUAUUUGUUUGGCUUGUUUAAGUUGGUGGGUCAGGCAGUGAAACCGUAUGUAGGAACCUUUCCAAAAAGCUUUCUGUUGAUUUGAAGGAAAUUUCUUAUGAAAUUAAGAGGAUUAUCACACUACUAUAAGCUAGCAGCAACAGAAGCACGUGCACCACUGUGAGUUGCUUAUACCCUUUGUAAGUUGUUAUUUGUUGUAUUAUGCCCCAUGUUUUUGUAGAAUAUGCAUAUACCAUUGAACUGAAAUAAUUCUGAUUCUGAAUAUUUCUAACCAUUGGGGGAGGGUUGGCAGUAGGCUCUUUUUUUAAAUCC